CGGGGAAAUUGCACUCUAAAAUCGCCAUCAAGGAAGAGGUUCGGAAGUGGACACGCCAGGCCAAGGAAGAAACCGAUGGAAAGGCUGCUACCAAAGGGAUGCGAAAGAAUAUACGUACUCGCAGCAGUAUGGCCCUAUUUAUACAAUUUGUAGUUGUGUAGCUCUGACUAUUUUUAAGGUCUUUCGUUUCACAACGCGGAGCCACUGGGUUUAAGGUCUUUCUGCUUCAGUUACUUAUGCUGGACAGGCUUCCACUGUGCUGCAGUACUGGGUCACUUCCUGCCCCAAAGGGAAAGCAGACGAGAGGGGCAGCAAAAAAAACCGAUCAGCCGGUAUGCUAUGCAUAUUAUUGACUACAUUCCUAUCCUCUGUUUCCGUUUUCUUUCCUCCCAGGCUUUACUGCUUCCUCGUCCGCCUUCUCUCUCUCCUCCACUCAACUUUGACUUAAGUCCACCUAGCUCUGGUUUCCAGGCGCCGGUCUCCCGUCCUUCCCAGGGACGUUUGUGUGAGUGAGGGGAGGGGGGCAGGCAGGAGAAGGACAGUGUCAUGUUGGCUGUCCUUCGCCGUGGGUGAAGAGGAGGAGGGAUUGACAGGGGGGGACGUGCGUCGCCAAAGGCCGCUCGUGGCUGGUUUCAGCUGACAUGAAGCUCAAACAGCGCGUGGUGCUACUGGUCGCCUUGCUGCUGCUGCUGGGCCUGGGCAAGAUCUUCCUGCUGGAUGGAAGUGAGGGCACCGCAGCCAGCCGCAGAGACCUCCGGGCAUUUCGCAAGAUGGAGGCGGGCCUGACGCUGUCCCGCACCGCCCAGCUGACCCACACGCUUCAGUCUCCCUGGGAGAUCGCCAGCCAAUGGGUGGGCCCGCGGGAGGUGUACCCCGAAGAGACCCCUGAGCUAGCGGCUGUGCUCACGUCCCUUAGCACGGCCAGGAUCGAGCGGGCCGAUGUGGGCUACAAGGGCACCCAGCUCAAGGCUCUGCUGGUGCUGGACGGUGGGCAGAAGGUGGUCUUCAAGCCCAAGAGGUACAACAGAGACUAUGUGGUGGAGGGGGAACCGUACGCAGGCUACGACAGACACAACGCAGAGGUGGCUGCGUUCCACCUCGACAGGAUCCUGGGCUUCAGGAGAGCGCCCCUAGUGGUGGGAAGAUUUGUCAAUCUGCUCACCGACAUCAAACCCGUGGCCACGGAUCAACUGCUGAGCACGUUCCUCACCCAGGGUAACAACACGUGUUUCUAUGGCAAGUGUUACUACUGUCGCGAGAGCGAGCCAGCCUGCGGCGUGGGAGAGUCGAUGGAGGGCUCUGUGACACUGUGGCUCCCAGAUGUGUGGCCCUUGCAGAAGCAUCGGCACCCCUGGGGCCGCACGUACAGGGAGGGGAAGCUGGCCAGGUGGGAGUACGAUGAGAGCUACUGCGAGGCGGUAAAGAAGAUGCCGCCGUACGACGCAGGGCCGCGUCUGCUGGACGUCAUUGACACAUCCAUAUUCGAUUACCUCAUCGGAAACGCCGACCGCCAUCACUACGAGAGUUUCCAGGACGACGGGGGGGCGAGCAUGCUUAUUCUGCUGGAUAACGCCAAGAGUUUUGGAAAUGCCGCUCUGGAUGAGCGCAGCAUUCUGGCGCCUCUCUACCAGUGUUGUAUGGUUCGGCUCUCCACCUGGAACAGGCUGAACCUGCUGAGGAGCAGGUCGCUGAGCGCCGCCUUGCGCCAGGCCCUCACCUUUGACCCGCUCCAGCCCGUGCUGGCGGAACCCCACCUAGCGGCCCUGGACAGGCGCCUCGCGGGCGUCAUAGCGACGGUGAAGCAGUGCAUCGAGUCCCAGGGUCCAGACAACACCCUGAUAGAGGACCGGAUAAACCUGCCCCAUCCCUAGACACCGGCAGGGGAAAACACCACCAGCGUCUGGAGGGGGGGUGGUGGUGGUGGUGGACGUCAGAGCGGUUUUUAUGAGGUCCUGUCCUUUUAAGAAUUGAUACGUUGGUUGGUUUUUAAAACAUGGACAGCGGUAAGGCCAAGGGGGGAGCAUCUACCCUCAGUCCCAUCUGAUGUUGUCUGACUCUCUGUGCUGCUGCUGGUGAGUCUGUCCUCAAUCAGUUCCUGGGCUCGCCCCAGGUCAGUCGGUCAACUCCAGCCUGCCCAGCGAUGGUGACCAUUAUCUUGUGCCAAAAAAAAAAAAAAACGUCCCAAAACACAUCCCUCGCAGAUAUUUCCCUCUGGUGGAGAAAAGGGAGGUUGUGGGCCAGCCCUGGGUUGUGUUGCGGUGAGAGAUUACGCCUCCCAAGAUGCACUAGCACCCUGCUGGUGGGAGAUGUUUGGCAGCAGCGGUAGUGGACACAGAAACACGGCUCUCUGUGGAUUUAAGAAAAUGCCACACACAAGCUUUUUCAACUGUAUGCUAUCAAGAUAUCAGGUCCGUCACUACCGGUCCUUGUCCAUUUCCUAAAAUGUAUCCCUGAAGCGGACUAUAAUGGGUGGGGACAGAUCAACACUUUUUUUUUCUCCGCUCCCUGCUUACAUCCUCGUCAAAGAUGGUCUUCCUCCUUUGUUUCGUGAGAGAAAAUGUAUUCUUUGGGAGCCAAGAGAUUCUAUUUCUUUUUAAAUAGGCCCUUUUUCCCAGAUCCGGAAAGGAUUACAAAUGACUACAAACUGUCCAAUCGGUGUGUACAUAUUACACUUGUUAUAUAGCAUUAAUAAAGCUAGCUUGAAUAUACCUGAAGAGGUAUAAUACUGUGUGUGUGUGUGUGUGUGUGUGUGUGUGUGUGUGUGUGUGUGUGUGUGUGUGUGUGUGUGUGUGUGUGUGUGUGUGUGUGUGUGUGUGUGUGUGUGCGCAUGAUUGUCCUCGUCUGUCAGAUAAGGUGCCAUACAUUACAGAAUGUGAAAAUACAACUGCUACUGACUGGAAUUUACGUGGUAUCGGAUGUAUGAAAACAUUUUGAACAAUAAAGUAAUCUAUUUCAACAAA